UGGCAGUCGAAGCCAAACGCGCUACCAUUGCGCCAGGUAGCCAUGACGUAUCUCUAUCCUGACUCAUUUUCACGUAGAAGGACUUACCAAAUUAACUACUGUUGGAGUUAGGCUGCGCUGACACUCAUCUCUGUCAUGGCGCUCAAUUGGACGAUGCUGGAUGCGAGACACCAGCCUAUACCCUUACAUGAUGAGUCCACCAUCAUGUCCAUAGAUCGUGAUUCGCAAGUGGAGUUCUCCAUGACCAUACCUGACGCGCCACCUUCGGGCACUGCUGCCACCGGGGGCAACGGUGGGGUGAAGAAGAUGAAGGAGAGAGGGAAACUCUGGCUGACGAACAAACGACUGAUCUUCACAACACUCAAAGGGGGAAAGCCCAAGCCGUCAUUCGAAUCGCUAUCGAUACCACUGGACGCGAUCCUAUCUAGUAAAUUUGAGCAGCCUUACUUCGGCGCUAACUUCGUGGUGCUUGAUAUCAAGCCCUCAGUGGGUGGUGGGCUCACAGACGGUACGAGCGUCGAGAUCCGGUUUUAUGACAGGGGGUUAUUUGAGUUCGUGAGCGUCUUGGAGAAGACGCGUGAAAGAGUCGUUUAUAUGAAGAGGCAGGCGGCCAUGGAGGACGAUGAGAACUUACCUGCGUAUACGUCAUCCGGUUCCGCACCGAGAGCUUCAAAUUCAUACGCGGAUACUCCACCUGGAUAUGUUGCUUGAAAUCAUUUUCUCCACCCACUGUGUACCAACAACAUUGGACUUCGUAAUAAGGAAUGUAACAUGUGUACACUUUUUCUGUCGAACUUUCAGCCUUGUCGUCCAUGCAUGCUAGGUGUUAUAAUAUUAAUGCGUUGUUUGCAAUAUCCGUAAACAUUCAAAACUUCUAGUGAUCUAUGAUCUACGCGCCGAUGUUCGCGGCUAAUUUUGUUGUUUUUGGAUAAUUUGUAGUCACGAGGAAUUAUCCCGUUGCAGGGCUGCGGCGAGAACGCUAUCACGACUUCCUGCCACGAGCAGCCAGUCUUAGAUUGGCCCUGUGGAAUCAAAAGUAUCUAUGAUGUUUUAUGUUUUGGAGGUCCAUCAUCUCCCCAGUGACUUCCACAGAACACGGCAUCAUUGACUUUUAG